AUGGCCAUUCUAUCUCGCCCGGUCCAUCAAAUGUUCAUCAACUUCCGAGGAAAAGAUCUUCGUUAUGGUUUCGUCAGCCACCUUAUAGAUGCUUUGGAAAGACACAACAUCAAGUUCUUCAUAGACACACAUGAACAAAAGGGCAGAGACCUGAAGCACCUCUUUAAAAGGAUCCAAGAGGCGACAGUCGCACUGGUUAUCUUAUCCACAAGGCAAUGCUCACCCUCAAACAACUUUUCAUUGUAUGGGGAAUCAAGAUGGUGUUUGGAAGAGCUGAGGACAAUCAUGGAACAAGCGGAAAGAGAAGAAUUGGUUGUCAUCCCAAUCUUCUACAAGGUAAGACCAGAAGAAGUGAGGAAACAGAAGGGAGAGUUCGGUAAUAAGUUCUGGAGACUGACUGAAGAAUACAGUUGUGAAGAGAUAGAGAAAUGGCAGGUGUCUUUGAAGGCUGUUUCUAACAAGAUUGGCCUCACGCUGGAGCACAAUAGAUCCGAGGCCAAGUUUAUCAAGAAGGUCGUUAAAGAGGUUGAGAAAGUUUUAACCGCUAAUCAAUUUGAUGACGGACGUGAAAAAAAUCAUGUGAAGAAAGUGACAACAUAUAACUCCCAACUGGCUCUGCCACGAGCAUUAUUUGGCAUAGUGGGUUGCCUGAUAGUUGCAAUACUCUUAUUGUUCGGCUUGCUCCCCAAUACGGUGCUAAAAUGUGCCUCACUAGUCAUCGUGGCUCAUCUUAGACAAGCUGGCUCUGUCAUGGUGAGUUCGAGUUGCGGUUGGGCUGAUAGAUCUAUCGGAACUUGA